ACGAAGCCUUCAGCAGACACAGUCGGCAAAUAUGCAUUCAUCGGCUCUUCUCGUCUUGACUCUGGUCGGUCUCGCGACGGCGGCCCCCUGGCGCUGCUACAGGACUCGGAACGGGGACACCGUUUGCAUUGGUAACCAGCGCGAGCCGUGCAUUCCCCAGCCAACAAUCUGCACUCCACCGCUCACCCCACCCUGCGCGGGCCCCGCUUACGUCUAUACCCCACAGUGCAUUCCUCCCUGUCCGCAACCCGAGCCGUACAUUCCGCCAUGCCCGGAACCAUGUCCGGAACCGUGCCCGGAACCAUUACCCCCAAACCCUUGUUAUUACCCGUAUAUACCGCCGUGUCCCGAACCUUGUCCGGAACCGGAACCGACACCUUGCUAUUAUCAACGUUUCCAGCCUUGUAUUGAGCCAUGCGCAAUGCCCUGUUAUUAAGUCUAUGGACUUAAUUAAUACAUUUCACUUAUUUUG